CCGGAAGCUCAGUCGUUAGUGGGUACUGUCAGCCCGUUGUUAGAGCGAUGUGUUGCUACCUCUGCGGGCACGGCCGCCUUGGAGCUGGAGUUUAGCUCAAACGGGACAUCAAAAUGUAUUAAGAAGGCGUUCACAGCAAAGGAAAUUAGGAAUAUUAAGGUGUUCGCCUACCUGCCAGUAUUUAAUUUUACAUCAUCCUGAAUGCAGGUCCAGGAGGUACACACCACAGCAUGUUAUUGUAAAGAGAAGACCUAUUAGGGCAGGAUGCAGUCUUCAAACCACCGACUGCGAGAUAUGGAACAGCACCACCCGCUGCUGUCGGCAGGUGCAGAUGUCGAGACAGGGAGCCUGGCAGCCGGGGUGAUGGUCGGGGGUCCCCACGCGGGCCACACAGCGGGGAACCGCACACUGUGGUUCAUUCAGGACAGCUGUGGGAUGGUGUGUGCAGGCAUGACCUGGUUCCUGGUGCUGUACGCUGAAUUUGUGGUGAACUUUGUCAUGCUGCUUCCUGGCAAAAACUUCUGGUACUCGCUACUGAACGGGGCCACCUUCAACUCACUGGCUGUGCUUGCGUUGGCCUCACAUCUGCGCACCAUGUUGACUGACCCGGGUGCAGUUCCUAAGGGCAAUGCAACCAAGGAGUACAUGGAGAGCUUACAGCUGAAGCCUGGUGAGGUCAUCUACAAGUGCCCCAAGUGCUGCAGCAUCAAGCCUGAGAGGGCACACCACUGCAGUAUUUGUAAAAGAUGCAUCCGGAAGAUGGAUCACCACUGCCCUUGGGUCAAUAACUGCGUGGGAGAAAAGAAUCAGAGAUUCUUUGUACUGUUCACUAUGUACAUAGCCUUGAUCUCUGCCCAUGCCCUAGGCCUCAGUGGUAUGCACUUCUUCACCUGUAUUAAAGUCCAGUGGAACGAGUGCAGUGACUUCUCUCCAGGGGUGUCUGUGCUGUUGCUAAUCUUCCUCUGUCUUGAAGCCGUCCUCUUCCUCACUUUCACAGCUGUGAUGUUUGGUACGCAGAUCCACUCCAUCUGCAAUGACGAGACGAGGGGUUUGAAUAUCUUGCAGGAGAUUGAGCGUCUUAAAAAUGAGAAGCCCACAUGGGAGCGUCGCAUGAGAUGGGACGGAAUGAAAGCUGUGUUUGGGGGUCCACCCUCCCUGCUGUGGUGCAAUCCAUUCACUGGCCUGCGUCUGCGGCGCCUGUUGCUGUUGACCCACGGUCGCCGCGGUGGAUCGGAGUUUUCUGUCUGAGAGCAGGACAGACUGAUGCAGCUUGCCAGCACUCGACGUUUCUAAAGCAAGAUUUCUUGUAUGCCGGGGCUAAGAUGGACCUCUGCUCCCUGAGGCUGUCCUUUGUGUGUGGGUGACAAGGACAGCUGCAGUCUCCUCCAGCGGGACCCCACUGCAUCACAACCACCACUGAAAGUUUGUAUUCUCUCUUUCUCACAUGCUGAUGUAGACCCAAUACCUCUGGCCUGCACGAGUAUGCUGAACAACUGGAAUAUUGUUUUUAACAUGAGCAGCAUUUUGGUUUGUUUGUGUGUUUUUACGUAAAGCAUGCAGUGUGUAACUCAAGUGAGUCUUUUAAUCCCUGCGAGACCGCCCGAGGUGCUGUUUGAACUCAACACCUGCACCUUCAAUGCACAACUCCAGCAUUUUGUUUUCUUUGCUGCGCACAUGAGAUUCAAGAUUAGCGUUUUAAUUUUUUGAAGAGGUAUCAGCAACACGGAAAUGCUUGAAUCUGCUACUACUGGACCGAGACAAGGGGAUCACAGUCAAUGACGUGCAGUACUUACAUUUCACUUGACAAAAGGUCUGGAAAAGGAGCACGGUGGACAUCAAACAUGGAACUGUGCUGCCUUGAUUUGCAUCUAACAGCUCAAACAAUCAGCAUAUCAGCCAGGAAAUGAGGCACCAUCACUAUUUGUUCAAAUGGAUGAACAGGCUACUGUGAACACAAGCCUCAUUUUAAUUCCAGAGGACUGAGUGGCUUUUGCUUCAUGCCCUUUGUCACGUUUUUCCUUCCUUGGGCUGAAACGGUUCCUCUGGCCAGUAGAAAUGAUUUAUUCUUUUUUUUUUUAAACUGCUGAAGCUUCUUUAACUUUGGUCACAGUGACCACUCCUCAACAGUUGACCACGAUGACUCACUGGAGAUGACUACUGUUAUUGUAUUAGUUGUAUGUAUGUGUCCAUGAGUUUGCCAUUCCACCACUCCUACAUGCUGCUCCACAUCAUCCUCACAAACUAUCAGUGACCCCCCCCCCCCCCCCCCCCCCCCCCCCCCCCCCCCCCCCCCCCCCCCCCCCCUCCAGACCAUUGAUACACACUGUGUUCUCAUAACAGAGUGAUUCAGGUUGAAGGAAGGUUUGGCUACUAAAAAGAUUGUUUUACUCGUACACAUUUUCUUUUCUUAAUGUGGAAUCCAUAUACAAGGGCAGUUGGAUAAGACUUCAUAGCAUUUAAACUCUUUAAAAAAAACAACCUUACAAACCCAGAGACCGAGCCAAGUCUCAGACGUGGUGGCUUUGCAUGCUCCCUGGCCACCGUGUGGUGCCACAUUUUGAAAAGGAGAACUUAAAACAGUAGCACAACCUCCUUUGGCUUGUUGUGAGCUCAUUCCCACCAAGAGAGCCAAGCUCCAUUGUGCUGUCAGCCUGUAGAAUUAAAAAUGCUGAGGAACGAGGCCCUUUAUACAAGCUUCAAUACUAAGUGUCAGGGAGCUCAAAGGGAGAUGAAAGGAGACAGACAAGUAGAGCUCAGCAGAUGCUUCUGAUGGUAGCAUCUAGUGGCAGGACUUUCCCAGUGUUAUAGGAGCACAUAUAUGCCAUGCCUUUAAAAAUCAUUCAGUAAAGUGAUUUUGUCAUUAUUGUGUAGUUAUGAAAAAUUUUGUGACAACUUGUUUCCUGUUUUUACUCAUAAUCAACGGGCCUGUUGGCACUGGAUGAGUGUGACCUUUUGAAUCUAGAGUUGAGGAUUUAAAGUGAAGUCCUGGCUGAUAGGCUGGUAUUCAGAGUAGUGUCAUUUUUAAAUCUCCAAGUCUCCUCGCAUAGCGGACAAUAUACUGCUGUUUGUUCUCAUCUGUGGUUUUCAGGAGAAGGAACUAUAUCUCCACUGUUUACACUAAAUUAUAUCUGAUGUGCUAUGGCUAUAAAGAAACAUGCUGGCAUUAGAAUGUAAAUCUAACCUAUUUUGGGACUAAGGGAAACAGCACUGAAAGCUAACUGAUAUCAGGGGAUUUUAUUAAUGCUGGCCUCUCGUUUCUCAUUUUAUUCUGCUUGACUGCAUCACGUCAGCAACAGAUUUCUGAUUAUGUUGUGAGAAUAUCACCUUCUUACAAACAAUGUCAAACUUUCUCAUUCAGCAUGGUGCAUUCGGCUAGUCAUUUAUCCUAACGUGCUCAAUGUGCUUUUUAAUUUAAGAGGUGCACGAUGAAAUGCGGUUGAGCCAAACACACGGCGUGUCCAAUAAAAUCAUAUUCAAUCUGUCUUUCAUUUAUGUGUGCAUAAUACAUAUCAGACGACUACGGUAAAAUCCAUGCUGUUUAGUUUGGCAGAUGCACAAAAAUGUUGCUGAUCAAGCAACAGCUGUUAUUAAAAAUAGUUGCAGGUAUUGGUUGCAAAAUUACAUCCAGAGCGAAUGCAAGGCCUUGAAUCUGAUAAACACAGAAGGUCAUUAGAAUAGAAGUAAAUAUCUGAAGCAGAACUUGUGGUAACAGUGGAAGGACUAAUACACUGCUAAACCUUUAAUUGUAUUUGUAGGACGUAGCAGACCAUCAGAGCUAAUUAUGGAUUGACAGAUAUUGCUUUGAUGACUGAGUGUAAGUAUUUAAUGUUGACUGGUAUAAUUAGGGCAAUAAUAUGGGCUUGGUUGAUGUAAACAAGAUAAUCCUGUUUCAUGACCAAACUCAGAUGUUGUAAUCAUAACAUCUAAAAUUGGGAUGCUGUUACAGGGUAUGUAGUUUAACAUUCAUGCUCAGCAAUAGAAACAAUGAAUGACAAUUUUUAAAGGGUUAUACCGCUAAUUGUAUUUUCUCCACCUUCUGCUGAAUGAUUCAAAAACGUACCAUUGCCAUUUGGAGAGGAUUGUUUGACAAUUAGCAAAAUCGCAUACACCUAUACACUAAGGUAUUUCUCAGAUUUACACAGAAAAUGUGUGAUAAAGAACAUUGACGGGUGUUUGAUGACAGUUACCAUUAACAUUGCUAUGAACAGCUGAGAAAGGUUUUAUUUCCUACACUGCUGAGAGAUUGUUUCCUCAAGAACAAAUGUCCUUCAGCUUUAUAAACAAAGUAUAAAGGUUACUAUUAACAAUAUAUACAUGGAAUGUUUUAUUCAAUUUUUUUUUAUUAAUGUGUCAUAAUCUUAUAAUGUCAUAUCUUUAAUGUCAUUCGUUUACAUAAUAAACUUGAUUAAAUUAAA